AUUGCGACGUCAUUAUUCAUAAAAGAACGGAUGAUAUGGCCGCUGCGUUUCAAGGAGACACCGUUGCAAGUUCUCGUAUGGUGUCCUUGCAGAACUUUCUUCAGUCCAACAACACUACUUUGAUAAUAGACGAUAUGGCAGCUGUAUGGUCAGUGAUUAGUAGGAAAGGAUUGUUACAAAAGAUUGAUGAAAUUGUUGCUGCAACACAGAAAUAUUAUUCUUGUACUGGCCAUUCCACGUAUUCUUUGAAGAGACUAGAAUGGUUACAAAUAUCCAAUGAAACCAGUUGUUUUCAGUCAGUAUCUUUUCCAAUCAUUCUAAAGUCUUUACCAGCAUGUGGUGUAAACAAGUCACAUCGUAUGUACAUUGUAAAGAAUGAACGAGCCUUGGAGGAAGUAUUGAAUACUUAUUUUGCAAAAAAUGAAGUUGUCAUUGCUCAGCGACUAGUUCCUAGCUCGUAUAUUUGGAAAGUAUACGUGAUUGGAGACAACGUGGAUAUAUUUUGUCAACCUAACCUUCCCUUGUUUCAUAUUCAACGAGAAGUUUAUAAAGGACAAGGAUGGUUUUGUUUUGAUAGUCAAGUGAGUUUUGCAGAAACGAAUGGAAUCAUCUAUUCUCCUCCUGAAGAAACUUUGGACUCUCUACGUCAUUUCAUUGAACCUUUGAUUCCAAUUGUUUCGCAUGUUUUAGGAUUGAGUUUAUAUGGCUUAGACAUUAUAUUCGAUGAAGUGGAGAGACAUUAUUGCAUUGUGGAUAUCAACUACUUUCCUUCUUUUCGUGGCGUUGAGAAUUGUUUUGAUAAGAUAUGGAUGAUGAUAAGAAAAGGGCGAAAUAGGGAAGAUUCUCCUGAAAAGGAAGAAAAACCUAGUUAUCAAUCUACCAAAGUAUGGAGCGAAAGUUCUCCUCCUCGACCACAACACACUUUGGGAGGAAAGCGACGACUCUAUUCUCCCACAACGACACUUACUCCGAACCGACAAGACUUUGCUUGGAAUCCAGUUAAAGAAGAGACUUCAGCUGCAAAUACCAGUGCAUAUGUAAAUACACAAGGAAAUGGUUCAAGUUUUUCCCUUUGGAGAUUGAUUCACUACUUGCUUGGAAGUGUUUUGUUUUCAGUAUUCUUUUAUAUUUUCCUAUUUCCACUUUUAUUUGUAUUUGUGUUGGGUGUGAUUCUUGCAGCUGUCGUUUUUGGAGUUUAUUGUAUUUAUUUGGCUUGUAUGAAUACUCAACCUCCUAGUCCACUUCCAUUGUUGGUAUUCUUGCCGUUUGUGUUGGUAUUGUAUGGAAUCUUAUUGGUUUUCGGUGCACAACGCUCCAGCCAUCGUUCUUUGACUGCAUUCUGGGGAAGAUUGUGUUUCUCGGUGGGUGUCAUUGCUGGAUUCUCUACUCCCUUUUAUUUGUGGUGGAAGCAAAUGUUGAAUACUUUGGAGUUGUUGUAUGCAGGUGUAGGAACCGUAAGUUGAGAACGGAACAAAAGAUUAUCAUU